AUUUGAACAAUGUCUGAAGAGAGAUAUCAAACUUCUAAAGUAAAUACAUUUUGAAUAUAAUGUUCUUAGUAAGAAAAUGUGGAUAAGUAGGAAGAAAUAGUUCAUAGAAAUGUGAAAAAGAACAUAGAAAAUAAAAAAUAAAUUAAUAAUGAAGAGAAGGAUUUUAAGGAAAAUAGUUAACCUGAAUCUAGAAAUUAUUUAACAAUAAUAAUUUAUGGAUUAAUUAUUUUAGGGUUGAUAGGUGGUUCUGUGUUAGGAUAUAAAAUAUUAAAAGCAGGAAAUGUUUAAGAUGAGGAAUAAAUGGAUUUUUUUGUACAAACAAUAUCAUAAACAUUAUUAAAUGAUCUUAGAUAAUAGAAAUUGUUAAUAAUAGAAGAAUAAAAAAAAUAAUUAUAAAAUUUUUAUGAAAAACAAUUUAGUAAUAUCCACUGGCAAAAGGUAAGAAUAUAUAUAAUGUAAAAAAUAGAUUGUGAAGUAUAUUCAAUAAUAACCAAAUGUAAUAGUUAGUUAAGAUAAAAAAAAGUGGAUUUAGAAGGAGUGA